CUUUGCCCACUUUCCUUUGCUUUCCGUCCAAGCAAAAGAUAAAGGAGAAGAUAGAGAUAGGGAUACAGACUAUGGAGGCCAAACAAGGCAAUGAGGCGAAGACCGCCGACUUAAGGGAUCCGGAGUCAGCUCCAUAUUUAUUAACGGUGUUGCAUCCAUACGGUUGCCUUCUGUUAUCUGGACGGGUUUAGGUUUUUCAUUCUCUUCGUCGGAAGCUCUUUAUCCUGGAUAUCAAAUCCCUGAUCCCCCUAAAUCUUUUUAUUUAUCGCUGGUGCAGAGCUUUUCUGGGCUGUAGAUUAAAAAAGUGGAUUUUCUUCGUUCAGUUUUAUUGAGGUAAUGGAAAAGAGGAACAUGUACAUCAUGAAUGCUAACUGCCGUGCUAGGGUCUGCUAUAAUGGUUCAGUUUUUGCAAGAGUGGUUUAGAGCUAGACUUUUAUAUUACUUGUAUAGUUGAGCUUUUAGAUUUAGACUUGUGGAUAGACAUUGGUCAAGAUAGAAAUGGAAGCAAAAAUCGUGAAGGCAUCGGAUAGAAGACAGAAAGUUAUGCUUGAUCCAAAAAGAAAGCGGUCAACCAUGUUUCCUGCAUAUUUAAAUGGAAUUAAUGGAGCAACGAUACCACAGUGCACCACUUUGGAUUUGUUGCAAAAUAAGCUUGGAAAGCGAAGGAAAUUGGAUGGAUGCAAAAGCAAGCUCAUGCGUAAUGGGUCUAAAAACAAGCUCAUGAAUCAUUGGUCUAGUUUUGGGAGAUCUUCACAUGGACGUUAUUCAAAUUAUAUGAAAACUGGGACACCUAAGCGAUUAAUGUUUUAUCAGAAUAGUGAAUGGAUUGAUUUUCCUCAGGAAAUUGUUUAUAUGGUUAGGGAGGAUUUUCAUGUAAAGAAGGCUACUAUGGAGAUCGAGUUAAAUGAGCAUUGCUUCGUGCUUGAUUUUUUGCAUAUGUUUCAAAUGGACUUAAAAACGGGUUUACAGCAACCAAUUGCUUGGAUUGAUGAAGCUGGUAGCUGCUUCUUUCCGGAAAUUUAUGCAGAAGAUGAACUCUUUGACUUCCAUCCACCCAAAAGUGGAAAAGAUCAAUUCCCAGGGGUUGAGGAGUCUUUUGGGUCUCAUGAGAUCAAACUGCAGCUGGAAAUCGAAAUAAAUGGAGCGGACCAAUAUAAAAUUAAGGAAUGUAGUGGGGAGUCUAAUGCUCUGGUUAAGCAGAUUCAAAUCAAUCAUAAACCUGCUAGCAACCACUACGUUCCAGACGUUGAGGGGAGUUGCAAUUUAGAAGCUGGUGCAAAAAAUGACGAGGCUGUUCAGGAAAAUAAACUGAUGAAGGUAGAUUUAGUCACUGUGCCUGAAUCUGAAAAUGAAGAAUUUGAUUGUGUUGCUGUGCAAAAGACUUUCCUUACUGGUAUGGGUGCUUUUUGUAGUGCUGACAUUGUUGAGAUAUACCCUUGCUCAAGUACUUUGAUGCAAGCUCGGUUUGAGCUUUUCCGGAAGCAGGUAGAACUAACCAAAAAAUGUCGUGGGAAUGCGAAUGUCCGAUAUGCUUGGCUUGCUUCUUCUGAAGUGGAGCUGCCUACAGUAAUGACAUAUGGGCUUGGUCAUUGUGGACCUUCCACAAUCAAGUCUAUGCAUGGCAUUGGUGUUCAUCUUGCAGCUGCUAACAGCUCUUACACAAGUGCAAGUCAAUGUGAUGUUGAUGAAAAUGGGGUACGGAAUAUGGUAUUUUGUCGAGUGAUAUUGGGAAACAUGGAGGCCAUUUGUCCUGGCACUAAACAACACCGUCCCAGUUGCCAGGACUUUGACAGUGGAGUGGAUGACCUUCAAAAUCCAAGAUUUUAUAUAAUCUGGACCAUGAAUAUGAACACACACAUCUAUCCAGAAUUCGUUGUCAAAUUCAAGAUCUCUUCCAAAGCUGAAGGGCUUUUGGUUGGAAGUGAGACUAAUCACCCUGUUUCAGGGAUUACUAAGUCUUGUCAUGUGACUCAGGGCCAACGUUUAGAGUCUCCCACAGUUGAUGCGGAGAGCAUAACUCAACGAAUUUCAAAUUCUGGGAAGUCCAAGGGGAAAGCUGCUAGUCUAGGUUCAAGCAGUACAAGAACUUGUAAAUCCGCUUGGAUGCCGUUUCCCUUGUUGUUUGAUGCUAUCUCAGAUAAAGUUCCUCCAAAGGCCAUGGAAGAUAUUAAAUUGCAUUAUGGCUUGUUCAAGGCAAAGAAUAUGGUUCGUGAUGAAUUUAUCAAAAUAUUGAGAUUUAAAGUUGGAGAUACUUUGUUAAGGUCUACAAUCACAAAUCUUCAAUGCAAGGUACCAACACAAUCCAAGUAUGAACCGGAAGCGCCAGAGCCUAAUGUAGAAAAGGUACAAGAUGCCUUUAAUUGACAGUGGUGCACUUGAACGUUUGAAUGUGUUGGCGCCGAAGGGGUGAAGACGUUGGACAUUUCAGUCGGUAAAUGCGUCGACCUGAAGUUUUGAAUACUAUGUUGGAUGAUUCUAGGUUUCCACAUACAUUGCGGAAAAUAUAAACAUAAUCUUUUUUUAAAACUCUUUUUGCAACCAUGUUUUAAAUGAGGGGUACUUUUGUGAGAUAGUUUAUAAAAUAAUUAUAACAAGUAUUAUCACUGUAUAAAAAUGCCCUCAUUUGAACAUGAUUGUGAAAUUAGUUGUGGACAUACGUUGUCUAUUAUUCCUAGGAGCUUGGGUAAUAGUGGAACAAGGGGACUUAGAAUCUGUAAGCGUGGCUCAUAUCUUUGUCUAUGAGCAAUGCUAGACGUGGACGCUCGUGUUUGAAAGUCUAUUAUUUCUUGUUAAUUUAUUUCAUGCAGUAAAAUUGGGUUUAAGAUGUUGUGAUUCAAA